AGAGAAUGCCAAGAGAGUAGCGAAACGGGCAAAGGCAAAGGCAAAGGCAAAGGCAAAGGCAGAGGCAAAAACCGAGUUUCUUGCAGUUUGUAGUGGCUUCUAUAAAAUGUAUAAAAGGGUCGGCACUCACAGAGGUCGUCAACAUAACGCCAACGGCAGCGAAUAGAGUCGCGUCUCGUUCUAUACUGCGGAUCCAACGUGGGGAACAAGGAUAACCAUACACGAUCGAAGGAUAACCGUUAAGCCGUUCACUUUUUUUUUUCCUGUGAUUUUUGUUUUGUUUUGAGCAUGAAACUACCGUUAGCUUGCGCCUUGCUAAGCUGCUGCUUCUUCUUGCUGGCAGCCGCCUCAUCUUCUCCAGCUGCCGAUGCUUCUUCUUCAGUGCCCGCUUCCGCUGCCGCUCCAGCCUCGGUUCCGGCAUCGUCCUCCGCCAAGCCAAAAAGAGAUGCUGGCCUAAGUUUCGGCGGAAUAUCCAGCUAUCACGGCCCUUCCCACAAAUAUCUGCCGCCCGCCUACGAGAGUCACCUGAAUCUCGGCAGCUUCCAUGGAAGCCCCUUGGGUUCGGCUAGCUAUUCCGAUUACCCCAGCCACUUCAAGGGCGAGAGCAGUUACGGACACCACUUCGCACACGGACACUCCGCGAGCCACGGCUACGCCAGUUCCAGUGGCCAUGGAAGGCCCCAUCAUUACAGCAGCAGUGGAGUUCCCAAAAUCGAAACCUAUAUCGUGCAAACAGGUGGUGGCUCGAGUUCCGGUCACAAUUACCAUGGUCAGGCACAUGGAAUCGGUCACGGGAUCAGUCAUGGAAUCAGUCACGGCCUAAGCCACGGGCAUGGAUCUGGAUUGGCCUUUAAGUACGCACCAUCCACCAGUGGAGCUUACCUAAAUCUCCUCGGGAACGAACACAAGACCAGCACAUUUGUGGUGGCUACGCCCGAGUACUCCGGACACAGUCAUGGAGCCAGAGGCAGCACACACGCAAUUGGCUACGGAUCGGGACCAGUUGCUCACAGACCCAGCUUCGGUGGCCACCUACAGAGCCACGGCUAUGGCAGCGGCUUUGGCCAUGGCCCAAGCCAUCAGAUCUCCCAUGAAGCAGUCAGUCACGGACCUAGCCACAGUCUGGAUCACAGCCUGGAGCAUGCCUUGGAGCACGGUCUGAGCCACGCCCUGGGAUUGGGUCACUCUUCGGGCGGACAGUUUGCGCAGCACCCGCUGCCGCAGUCGGCGGAAGAGCAUUCUGGGUACUCCUACGAUGCUCCCGCCACGCCAUUUGGAAAGGGAGUGCCCCUGAGCAGUUACGGGGUGCCACUCCUACCCGGCUAUGAUCACCAGGAGUCGCUGGCGGAGCCAGUGCAAGUGCAGGUGCUUGAGCAGGAGCAUAAGGACGAUCGGGAGCAGGAGCGGGAGACACCGGCUUAUGCCCUGGGCCACAAGGGACUGGGCCACUUCAGCUACACGGCCAGCAAGCCACAGGCCCUCCACACCGACGUCCUCAGCUCUGCCCACCACUCCGUUCAGUCCGGCGCACCUAGCCACGACCUAGACGUCUCCAAGGCGCCCUUCAGGCCCAGCGCCUUUCUGGGAGCCAAGCACGAGUCCGGAUCGAAUUCUAUUUCCGGCUACGACUACGCCACGCCGAGCUCCACGUUCCUGCAGGCUCCUUCCUCGCCCGGCUACGAUUACCAGGCUCCGGCGCAGCUCUACGGACCACCCGGCCACUCCGGCGACUCGGCCACGCCCAUCUUUGAGCCGGAGGCGACCUACCUGCCUCCCGCCAGCAGCUACGGCCCAACGGCCGCCUCCUCCCAUGGAUACCACUAAAUUAUUAAACUAGUUCUUAAGCUCUAGCAUCAUACGUAUUUUUUUAUCCCUAUCUAUUUGGUACUGCACGCCAAGAUCUGACAAUAAAAUCGAAAAAUAAUCGAA